CUUGGUUGCGUGGGAUGUUUGACAAAGCUGCACAUUAUAUGAGCAUACAAUACAGCUGCACAAAACUUGACUCGCGGCAUUUGCGUGCAUUUUUGCUCCUACCAUGGAGUGUAGUUGCGCAGUAUGUCGUUUGAUUAAUAUAGCGUCGAAAUAUCUUGGGCUUUGCUCGUCUUGGCUUGGUUUAGGCCUUGUUUGACGCAGUGUGGAGCCGCUUCAGCGGAGAGCAAUGGAGCCUUACAAGCUAACGACCAAUCGGCCUCCACUCUCGGAUAGCCUUGGGCCUCCUGGCUUUCACCCGCUCAUACCGGGCCAAUGCCCUGAGGACCGGCUCACCGCUGUGCUGGCGCAGCAGGGCUAUCGGGACGAGCAGCCCGAGUACGGUGUUGAUGAGGCCAACGAUUCGCUGUUCUCGCUGUACACGGUGCUGUCCAACAAUGCGGCGGCGCACAGCGGCGCGGCGACCACCGGGGGGGCCUUGGGUGCGCCCGGUGGGACCGGCCCGCUACCGCCCCUGGUGGCGUCUGCAGCGAACCUGCAGCGGACGACGUUGUCUAUGCUGGAGGUGGUGCAGAAGCAGCGGCUUGCAGCAGUUCACGAGCAGCAGGACUCCUCAGCAGCAAUCGCUGGGGGACAGCCGCAGCCCAGCCAACAGCCCUCCACACCCGGGCCGCGGGCAUCGCCGCCGCCGCCCUCGCCACCACUGCGCCGGCCUCGGACUCCUGCAGCGGUCGGUGUCUUGAGCAGCGGCGUGGCGCCUGCGGCCACGCUGGCUGCGGCGGCAAGCUCGCUGCCGGAACUGCACCUGUCUUCGGACGUGGGGCGGCGGCUGUGGGUGUCAGCGCUCGCGGGGGCGGCGCCGCUGGGGUAUCUGGCGCAGACCACACCGACGUUGCCGGACAGGCGCAUGAUGUUCGCGCUGCUGUGGCAAAACGCGGUGCCCAUGCCGCGCGCCGCCUGGUUCUGCCGCGUGCUUUAUACGCACCUGGCACGACAGCAGCUGCGGCCGUUACCGCCGCCGCCGCCACUACCAGCCGGUGGAGGCGGCGGAGGUGGCGGUGGGGGAGGCGGCGGCGGCGGCCGUGAUGGGGACCGGGGCGGCGGCGGCGCGCAGGGCGGAAGCGCAGGCGGCGGCGGUGGCGCGUCGUCGGCGUUUGCCAACAGCGCGGCAGCUGCAGCUGCAGCGGGCGCGCAGGCAAUAUCGGCUUCGCUUGCCACCACACGUGCCGCUCUGUGGACUGAGCAGCUCCUUUCUUACAUCGACACCCAGGUCAGCGCUGCGGCGGCUGCCGAGGCGGCGGCUGCGGGCGGGCAGGGGAAUGCAGGGGCUUCAGCCGGGGCCGCAGCGUACACGGCGGCCGCCGCCAACCUGCGAGUCACCAGCCCCACCGCGCCCACGCCGCUCACGCCUCUUGACUACGCCUCAGCUGCCUCGCCCAGCGCCACCAGCCCAGAGUGGCUAGGCGUGGACGACCUGGGCGGCGGCGGCGCCGCCGGGGCCGCCGACCCCCGGGCUCGGCUGUUGGACUACCAGCCCGGCGCUGCGGUGAUGUACGGCGUGCGGCUGGCGGGCGCCACGUUUGCGGAGGGCAUGCUGGACGCGGCCCGGCUGGCAGAGUGGGCGGCGGCGCACCUGGCGGCGGUGUCGGCGCUGCUGUCGGGGCCGGCGCUUCCACCGGCGCCGUCAGGCGGGACUGCCGCUCCUUCCCCCUCUCCUGCUGGGGCUGGGGCCGGCGCGGCGGCUGCUGGGCAAGGCGCAGCUGCAGCCACGGGAGCUGCCGGGUCCGGGGCCGGGGGGCUUAGGCCGCUGACGCCCUCGGAGCAGCUGCGCGCGCAGGCGGCGCUGCAGCUGGUGCUGGGCUGCCUGCCCGACCUGGUGCAGUCGCAGCUGCACGUGCGGCGCCUGGUGGACGCAACCCUAGAGCUGCUCAUGGCGGCGCGCGCGGCCAUGCCGGCUCCGUCCGCAGCUUCCGCCGGGGCAUGGGCGGGCGCGGGGGCGGGGACAGCGCCGGGGCAGGCGGCAACACCAGGCGACGCCGCUGGGUCAGCUGCCUCGCCGCCAGGUCACAGCUCGCCACCCAAUGCAGCGUCGCCGGCGUUGGGCACGGGGGCGACGGCAUUUGGGUCUUCGGCAGCGGCAGCUGCGGCCAGCUCCGCCGCAGGCGGCACCAGCGGCUUGGGCUCCUCUUCCAUACCCGGUCUGGACCCCGGGACGGUGCACAUGGCGCUGGAUGUGCUUGAAGGCUGCGCGCGGGAUGCGCCGGCGGCAGUGCUGUCGUUGGACUCGCUGCCGCUAGUGGUGCGGGCGCUGCGGGCGCCGUGGCCGCUUCCGGCGGACGCCGAUGGCGGCGGCGGCGCUGGGGCGUCCGUCAUGGGCAUACCGCAGGAGGCCGGCGACGGGUCGGCCGCGGUGGUGCUGGAGACGUGCCCGCGGCGGCGCGCGGUGGCGGACAAGCUGUCAGCGGCGCACGGGGGCCUCGCCACCUCUGUAAACACCAGGCUCAUCUCCUUCAACGUCGUGGCGGCGCUGCGGGAGCUUGACCGCGCCGCAGCCGCCGGGGACAUGGAUGCGGGCAUGCGGCCGCUCGCCGCCGCGGUCGGCGGCGCCGGCGACUUCGCGCGACCCGGCGCUGCAGUUCAGCUGCUGGCGGACUGGGUGGUCGGCCUGCCCGUCGUGGCCCCGUCUGCGCUGGUGCCGCCACCGCAGGCAACGCAGCCGGCGGGUGUUGCGGGUGCGACUUCCAACCACCCGCAAGCGGCGGAGCAGGCAGAUCAAGGGCUGGCGGUGCGGACGGCGUUUGCCUGCCGGCUGCUGCCGCGACUAGCCGCCGAGUGCCGACGCUGCCGUGCGGACGCCGCAGCGGUGGUUGCACGUGGUCUGCCGCCGCCACCGCUCGUGGCAGCCAUCAGUGUGGGCCCUGCCGCGACUGGGUCCUCAGCUACCCCUCCUCCGGGCAUGGGCACCGGACCAACUGGCUCGGGCGCCAUUGGGCUCGGGGCUGGUGGCUUGCGAAUGGGCGCGGGAGCAGGCGCUGCGGCAGGCGGUGCCGGAGGCAACGGCGCUGGAGCCGGAGCCGGGGCCCCAGGUGGCAAUAGCACGUCUCCAAGGGGCCCUGCCGGCUCCAUAGGUGGCACGGGGGCCGGCGGCACAGCAGACGCCGGUGGCGGCAUGGGCGGCACCGCCCCUCCCCUGCAAGACGCAAUCGUGCAGUGGCUUAUCAGCCGGCCGGGGCCCUGGCAGCGCCAGCAGCAGCCGCCAGCUACGGGCCAUGACUGCGGCUGCACCAGCACUGCAGCAGCCGGCAGCGGCUGGGAGGAGCUGCACGUGCGGCGGAGCGUGCAGCUCCUGGUUGCGAUGACGGAAGUGGGCGUGUUCUCGCCGGCGGCCUUCGUUCAGGGCCUGCUUAUUCAGGGCGUAUUCGACGCGCCUGCAGUCCUGGGUGACCCGUCGUCAUCAUCAACAUCUGCUGCAGAUGGCUGGGGAGGUGCCAUGGCCGCAGAGCCGGCUCCUAGCAGCGGAGGCAGGUAUGACGGCCCUGGUGCACUGGGCAGCUCCUUCGGUACUGAGGACAGCGACGCAUGCAGCAGCCGUGAUGCAAGCGACGGAAGCGUCAGGUACAGCCGGCGGGACGCGGCGGCGCUUGUGGUGUACCUGCAGCACCUGCACCCGCUGCUGCUAUUGGCGCUGGAGGAGCAGGCGGCGGCCUCGGCGUCCGCGGCGACGGCACGGCCAGGCGGCCGCCGCGCGCUGGGCGCCAGCGUGGGGUCAGCGAGCACGGGGCGCGGUGGGCCCGGUGGUGCUGCGGGCGGCAUUGGCGUGGGGAGCGCAUUGGCUGGCGGCGGCGGGCCUGUGGGCGGUGCCGCGUACGGCAAGACUCGCAAGAGCUUGCUAUCUCUCGCGGCGUACCAGGGAUUGCUGCCACAGAGGGCAGCGGGUGUGGAUGGGCAACCAGCUGACGCACGGGGCAGCAAGCGCCGGCGGCGGAGAAAGCUGGAGAACGGGCCUGUCGGCCCCGGGCCGGGCGGCGGGGUUGGAGGUGAGGGAGGCGAUGCGAAGAAGCGGCGGCGGCUGGGUUCGGUCGGGAACGGCACGGGGUCGGCUGCCACCCCCACUGGCGCCGCCAGCUCCCCAGGCUGCCCUAGCCCACCGACCACGGCUCCUGGCACACCGGGGCCGGGGCCGAGCGGCCCUACCCCAGCAGGCGGCGCUGGCGCGGCAGCGCCGUCGGACACCAGUGCCUUUGAGCGUGUGCUGGCAGCAGCGGUUCGGUCCCUCGAGUCGCUGACAAUGCUGUCAACAGGGACUGGUAGCAGCGCUGCUGCUGGACGCGCCAGGGCGGCAGGGCGGGGCCCGAACGCUGGGUCUGGCCGCCCUGCCUCCCCUGGCCGCCCCGCCUCGCCAGGGCUCGCGCCUUCUCCCGGGCCGCCCGCCUCGCCUGGGCUCCCAGCUUCACCCAGCCCUGCCGCGUCGCCGCCGCUGCCCGAUGCAAUGGACCUAGACGGCGGCGCGCCUGCCGCUGUUGCGGCCGCUGCUGGUGUCGCAGGUCCACGGCGGACCGGCCCCGCAGCGGCCCGCCCGUCCUCGGCGACUCGUGGUGUUGAUGCAGACUUGCUGGCGGACGUACGGCAGCUGAGGCCAUGGCAGCAGCGGCUGGUGGCGGCGGCUGUGUGCCGCCACGUGAACGCGGUGCUAGCGGCGGCGCAGCUGCCGGCGGCGCCAUUGGGCGCCGCGGCGCCGCUGUUAUCGUUUCCGUCGGCGUAUGCGCGGCCUUGUGCAGCGGUGGCGCUGGCCAAGCCUGCAGACGGGGCGGCUGCUGCUGCUGGCGCGGCGCCCUCGGGCGUGGGCGCCCCGGCCGGAGCGGACGUGGCGACAGUGCUGGCUGUCGGCGGCGGCUCCAACGCUGUCAAGCACGGGGACACGUGGCUUUUACGGUGUCUGGCGCUGUUGGAUGCGUGUCAGGUGUGGUCGGUGGGGCCGCAGCUGCUCAUGCACCUGACGGCGCUGCACGUGGAGGCGGCGGCGCAGUGGGCCACCAGCGGGGGGCCCGGUGCAGCAGGCCCGGCUGCGGCUGCGGCUGCGGCCGCAGCCGCGCUUGAUGGCGGCGGCGCGUCGCUGCUGUGGCACCGCUUGCGGCUGCAGCCAAGUGUCGUGCUGUGUUCACUGGAGUCCGUGUCGAGCCGGCUGGUGUGUGGCGGCAUGCUGUUGCCGGCGCUGGACAUGCUGACCACGUGGAGCAUGCGCUACAGCGCGGGCGCGGCGCCGGGGCGGCGCUACCUGAGCCGCGCAGUGCAGGCCGCGGGCGUGCUGGCGGCGGCGGGCGCGGGGGCAGACGUGGCGGGGGUGCGCCAGUGGUGGGAGCGGUUGCAGAAGGUGGACUCCUCGCACGGCCAGCAUUGGCUGGUGAGUGACCUGCAGCCCUACAUGCAGGGCGUGGCUAGUGCCUCAGCCGCCUCGCCCGGGGCAGGAGCCGGCAGUGCCGUCGGCGGCAGCGCAGCAUCCGCGGCAACAGGUCAGGCGAACUCGCCCGGCGGUGGCGCCGGCGGUGGCGCCGCUGCCGGGCCGCCGCCGGGGCUGCCUCAGCCGCGGGCCCACUUGCUGCGCGCGGCGGAGAUGGCGUCGCAGCAGCUUGCGGCGGCUCGGGGCGGGGCUGCGCUGGCGCGCUGGCGGGCGGUGACGGAGGCGUGCGCGCCGCUGGCUUCCGCGCUUGCCACCGUCCUUGGCGGCGGCAGUGCUGCAAGCGGGAGAGGUGGUGCGAGCAGUCCUGCUGUGCCAUCUAGCCCUGAGAACACUGGCACUGGCGAGGCACCCAGUCCUGGCGCUGCGGCGCUGGACUCGACGGAGAGGCUGCGGGCGGCGGCGCGGCAGGUGGGCCGCGCGCUAGCGAGCUUGUGCGCGACGGGCGGCGGCGGCAGCAAUCCUUCCGCAGAGCUUGAGGCAACGCUGCUCCCGGUUGCGGGCGUGCUGCAUGCCUGGGUCCGCGCCUGCUUCGUCGCGGCGCCUGGUUCUGGCAGGGGCGGCGGCCGCAGCUCCCCAACGCAGCAGGCCUCGCCCGGCGGUGCCUCGCAGCAGGGAGGAGGUGGCUCGCCGCCCCAGCAGGGCGCAGGCAGCGGCGGCGCCGGCGCGCGGGCAACGGGGCUUCGCGGCUCGGCGCUUGCGUGGGCGGUGGCAGCAAGCGGCGCCAUGCUGUGCGUUGAGUCGUUGAGGAGCGAGCUGUCGGCUGCGACAGGAAGCUCGGCGGAGCAGCGGCUUCAUCGCGCGCUGCUCGCAGCGGCCUGCGCCGCGCUAAGCGACCCAUCUGGCGUGGCACAGGACGCCGUGGCCGCGUUCCCUGAAGUCAGCGGCCGCGGUCAGAGCUCGCCACAGAGGUCGCGCCCAGGUGUGGGCGGUGGCGGCGGCGCCGCGCCCGCCGGCCUGGGCCUGCCUCCGGGCGUCGCCGCGGCCUGUGUGCAGGAGGGCGCGCUGCGCCUGCUGCUCUGCGCCAUUGCGUUUGGCCAUGUGACGCUGGUUGAUGCAGUGGCGCUGCUCGGCCAGGACCCGGCACCGCCCUCGGCUGCUCCUGGCGCUGGCGGCGGCAGGGGCUACCACGACGGCAUCGGCGGCCGGACGUUCGGCGGCGGCGCCAGUGCGUCGGCGGCCGCCUCGGCCUCUUCGCCGUCUGCCACGUCCCUGUGCUGGGAUGCGGGCCUGUGUCGCAAGGCGCUGCUGGGCCCGCCGCAGGGACAGCCGGGCUGCUACUGCCGCGGUGAGGCGGCGCUACGGCAGCGGCUGCAGGCGGCGCUGCCACUGGACGUGGUGUGGGGCUGCGUGUCGGACGUGCUGGCGAGGGCGGUCCUGGUGCCGCCAGCGGACGGGGCUGGCACCACCGGCGGAUCCGCCGCCCUCGCCUUGGAUGGCAGCAGCGACGCGGCGGCACGGGAGGUGGCGGCGGCGCUGGUGGCACACCCGCCGCUGCGCUACUGCCUGCUGCAGGACGCCCGUGCGCUGCACGAGCGGCUGUGUGCGCCCGCAGCGGUGCAGGCGGCCGCCGUGCUGCUGUCCGCCGCCGUGCCGGGCGCCGCCCUGGCCGCGUCCAGCGGCAUCCAUUCCUCCGUGGACUCUGCCUUUGCGCAUGGUGCCGGGGCCGGUAGCAGCGACGUGGGGCUGCAGCUGCGGCUGCCGCAGCGGCUGGUGCUGGUGUCGCUGGCGGCGGGGCAGCUGGUGCCGCUGGCGGCGGCGGUGGCGCACGAGGCGGCGGUGGCGGCUGCGGACGGAGACGGAUUGCUGGCCACGGCGCUGCCCUCGCUGGAGCCCGGCUGCUUCCCCUUCAUGUGGCUGCUGCUGAGGCUGCUGGUGGACGAGCAGGCGCUGCAAAUGGCAGUAAGCGGGGGCCGAAGCAGCGACCGGCGAGGCCUCCGUGAGGCUCUCGAGUCCGCCAUAGUGCCGCCAUCCGUAGAGGGUGGCGGCGCAGGCGGUAGGGAUGGCGGCGGCCGCGGCUCGUCCUCCGCAGCUGGCGGCGGCGGCAGCACAGGCGGUGGCGGCGGGUCUGGCGGCGCCACCGGCAGUGGAGAGCUGCGUGGCGCGGACAAGGCGUUCUGUGACGCGGCGCUGGUGGCGCUGCUGGCGGCGCCGGGUAGGGCGGAGCUGUUUGCUGAGCUGGCGUGGCAGCUGGGCCGCGGCGUUGGGGACUACCUGCUCAAGUCGACUGACUGGCUGCUGCAGGACCGCAAGGGCGAGCAGCUGCAGGGCAACGCCACCCUGGCGCAACUGGUCGCACGCCUGGGCCGCAAGCACCAGCAGCAGCUGCAGGCGGCGGCGGCAGCUGCGGCAGCACAGCAGCCCUCCCUGGGAGGAGGAGGAGGCGGCCUCACAUCCAUGAACUCGGGUGGGCCCGGUGGUGCGACGCCUGGCGGCAUGGACGGCCAGGGCGGCGGCAGCCGGGCCGCAACGCCGGGCGACGGGGCAGUCGCGAUAGGGGCAGGGUCUGGGCUGGGUACAGGAAUCACGGCUGCCUGCCCGCCACCGUUCGCGGUCGAGGCAGCGGUGGCGGACAUUGCGCUUGCAGGCCUGUACAAAGCGGGAACCAUGCGACAGCGGGAGUUUGCUGGGGAGCUGGUGCGGCAGCUGGUGCGCAUGUCCGACGCGGUGCGGCGUGCCGCCCUGGCGGCGCCGUCAGCUGCAGCCGGGGGCAGCAGCGCCGGCGGCGGCACAGCAGGUGGCGCUGGUGCCGGGGGCGCGCAGGGCGGUGGUGCAGGUGGUGGUGGAGGUGGUGGCGGCAACCUGCCACCGCCGCCACCGUUGCCGCCGCCGCCACCGCCCGCGCCGGCGCUUGCUUCGUCAGGCCGCUCCCGUAGCCUAGGGGGGCCGUCAGGCACGUCAGGAGGCGGGCGCGGCGGCGGCAGCGCCGAGGACCAGGACGCGUUGGCUGCAGCCUUGGCCGCCGAGGCCGAUGCUGCGGGCGGAGGGGGCGGCGGCGACGCCGGGGAUGGCAGUGGGGCGGGCGGCGGCCGCAAGCGCGGCGGCAUGGGCUUUGGCAGCGGCCGCACGCGGCGCAUGGGCGGAGGCGGUGGCGGCAUCAUCGUGCGGUCGGACUCGAGAGGCGACCUGGCGGAGGCGCUGCGCAUAGGCUCGCCGGCGGCGCUGCAGGUGGCGCUGUGGGUGCGGGUGCGCGUGCUCAUGCCGCUGCUGCCACUCAUCUACAUGGACCGCGAGCCCGACCCGCGCCGCAACCUGCGCUUUCAGCUUGUGCCGGCGCUGCUGCAGCUGCUGGCUUCGCCGCUCAUCUGGGCGGCGCCGGCCGUGCCUUCCGCCGGCGGGGCUGUGCCAGUGGGCUCGGGCGCCUUUGCGGCUACAGCGGGGCUCGUGGGCGAUGGGGACGGGACAGGAGCAGGCGGGGACGGCGCGGCGUCGGCGGCUGCAGCGGCUGUGGCUGCGGCAGCGGCGGGCGAGGCGCUGCAUGAGCGGCUACUCAGCGUGCUGUGCGCGCUGGUGUCGGGGAGCUGGGCGUCGUGGCUGAAGCCGCCAGGGCAGAAGAAGCUCAAGGAAGUCCCCCCGUACGACAGCGCCCUGCAGCUGCUGACGGACCUCGACCAGGCCAUGGCUGCAGCCACCACCGCCGCGACCGCCGCAGCAGUCGCUGCGUCCGCGGCUUCUUCCUGCCACGACGCCUCCUCUGGCGCCGCCGCAGCAGCAGCAGCCAGCGCGGCGGCUGCGGCAGCUGUCGCCAACCUGGGCUGCAUGCGAGAGCGCAUUGCUGCGGCCCUGCCGCUCGCGGGCGCCACGCCGCGCAUGUUCCUGCCGCUGCAGCCGGGCGCUGCCGCUGCACAGCAGGCAGCUGCUGCUGCGGCCGGAGCCGCGGCCUCUGUGCAGAGCGCGCCACACGGCGCCGGCGGCUCGGCGGCGGGCACAGCGGGCGGUGGCGGAGGUGGCGGCGCGGCGAGCCAGGGCUCGGCUGGCGACGCCGGGGCACACGGUCCCGGCGGCGGCGCGGGCAGCGGCACAGGCGCCGCCGUUGCCGUACCGUUGUUGGAGUUGGAUCCGGCGGUUGUGCUGCCGCUGGAGUCGUUGUCACAACCUGGUGACGUCACCGCGCAGCCGUACGGGCACCUGCUCCCACCUGCAGCUGGGCUGGCUAUGGCAGUUGGGCCGGCGGCGACGCCCGGGGGGCCAGCUACGGGGGGCUCGUCGCAGGCACCCGCUCCGGCAUCGCAGCAGGUGCCGCCUAUGGCGGGCGCGCCGCAAGCGGUACAAGCGCAGCAGCAGUACAGCAGCGCAGUGCUGUUGGCGGGGGCUGUGCGGCUGAGGCGGGACGCGCAUAUGCCGUGGCUGCCAUAAAUACGCGUAUGCCCCACGCUUCGGUAUCAGGAAGCAGCGCCGAGGCGUGUGGUACUCGGGUCUUGUGCUGGGUUUUGGAACAAGUGGGCGCCUCAUCUGCAACUCACUAAUAGGUGCACAUGCUGGUUGGUGCCAUACAGGUUGUGAUAGCAGGGGUACGUAACGAGGGAGCUAAAGGCAGCGUCUUUCUGUUGUCGUUUCUUGACUCUUUGGUGAGUUUGGAAAGGCCCGGACUGUGUGGCCGGCCGUGGCCGCAGGACUACCGUAGACUGCGUGCCGCGAGGGUGCGAGCGCAUCAAUUUCCCACGUGUGCCUGCCGCAGUGCGGUGCAGGCCCCUCGAGUGCCUUGAUUCCGCUGCACUGUGUGCGCCCGGCCCGCCAUGCCAAGGUGGCCAGGCGAAUGUCAAAGUCCGGGCGCUGUGAACCAUGGCUGGCUUCAAUAAUCAUUUGCGACGGGUUGCAUUAUUCGCUUUCUACUUAGUGUGGCCUGACACAGGGGUGUUGCGGCCACCAUGCGAAACGCCACUGCACUACUGGAAGGGCCCUCACUGCACGAUCGCACACAACCCUUGUUCUCCACUCGUUUUACACCACAGCACUACGCCUUCAAUCCAAUCUACAAUGUUGCA